GGCCGGCCGCCUCCCCGCCCCGCGCCCUUUAGAGCGGCGCGCGCGGCCCCGGUCCCUGUCCCGCUGCCCUCCACCCGCCGUCGAGAUGUUGCGCUGCGGCCUGGCCUGCGAGCGCUGCCGCUGGAUCCUGCCGCUGCUGCUGCUCUGCGCCAUCGUGUUCGACAUCAUCGCGCUGACCGGCCGCGGCUGGCUGCAGUCGGACACGCACGUGCAGACGGCCUCGCUGUGGUGGAAAUGCGCGGACGAGCAGGGCGGCACGGGCUCCGCCGCCGAGGGCUGCGAGAGCCUCAUGGACUACGCGUGGGGGCGAGCGGCGGUGGCCAUGCUCUUCUGCGGCUUCAUCAUCCUGAUCAUCUGCUUCAUCCUCUCCUUCUUCGCCCUCUGCGGACCCCAGAUGCUGGUCUUCCUGAGAGUGAUCGGAGGCCUCCUUGCCCUGGCAGCUGUCUUCCAGAUCAUCUCCCUGGUCAUCUACCCUGUCAAGUACACCCAGACCUUCAACCUUCACGCCAGCCCUGCGGUCACUUACAUCUAUAACUGGGCCUAUGAACAGCCGAAGCUGAUCUAG